AUUUUCAAUUUGUCUUUUCUUAAAAUAUAUUCACUUUACGUUUAGUAAUCAUUUCGAAAAGAUCAAUGUUAAUCUUGUUUAAAUCUUUCGAUUGGACUAAAAUUAUAACAUUUGUUUUACUAAUUCGCUCAGAAGAAUAAAAAGUAGUUUAGUUACCGUGUUUGUUCGUUACCAAAUUUAUGACUGUACAACAAACGGCUAAAUUGUAUAAUGCAUGUGAUUUAUCGCCUUGUCAUUCUGAUCAGCGCCGUGUCAUUUCCGGUGGUCAUGUCCUCGGAGCACAACUCUGACAACAAAAUCUGUGACCAAAAAUUCGCGUUUUCACUUUCAAGCAUGUCGAGAGUGGGCUUGUACAGUAAAGUCGGAAACGCAUCCAACGUCGAACCACCCACGGAGAUAGAAAUAUUUUCGCCAAAACGUUGCCUGUUCCUAGUAAUACUGAUAAUACUGAUUGCCAUGUUUUCGCUCCGGGUCUUUUACCCAGAAUCACAUACCGUUGGCCGUAAAAUUAAUGAUCUGGAAUUUCAGGUGCCACCGUCGAGUAUGCCGAUGGGCUUGUACAAUAAAGUUGGGGUCGUCUCUAAUGGUGGGCCGUGCUCACAAAUCGGAGUGGAUAUUAUGUCAAAGGGUGGAAAUGCGGUAGAUGCUGCUAUAGCUACAAUGAUAUGUGACGGUGUUUUAUGUCCAGAAUAUUUGGGUAUUGGUGGAGGUUUUUUAAUGAGCAUCUACAAUGCAACGACCAAAAAAGUAAUCACGAUUAACGCACGCGAAACAGCUCCAGCCGCAGCAAGUACUUUGAUGUUUGUUAAAAAUCCCAACAAAUCUAUAUACGGAGGAUUGGCAGUUGCGGUUCCAGGUGCGUUAAAAGGAUACUCAGUUAUGUAUAAAUUAUAUGGUGGCGGUGUUCCGUGGGAAUCGUUAUUCGAACCAGCUAUACAACUAUGCGAAAACGGCAUAGAUAUAAGUGAACGCCUAGAGACAAACAUGAAGAAUAACAGUAACAUGAUAAAAAAUGACCCAAUGCUAAGAAAAUCUUUUUACGAUGAAGAAUAUAGUCGGUUGAAGAAAGCUGGCCAAAUUUACAAGUUACCUAAAUUAGCAGAAACACUGAGAAUCAUAGCGAAAGAAGGCGCGGAUGCCAUUUACAAUGGUUCGUUAACGUCUAAAGUAUUAGGAGAUUUAAAAAAAGUAAAAAGUAUAAUUACCAAAGAAGAUUUAGCCAAUUAUGAUGUUGAAAUUGAAGAAUCUUUUCCCGUUAACUUGAAAAGUGGACAUAAAAUACAUACGGGACCACCUCCUAGUUCUGGUAUAAUAUUAGCUUACAUACUUCGUGUGUUGGACGGAUUGUUGCCAGCACCCAACGCAGGUUUGGACGCUCAUCGAUUGGUGGAGGCUUUCAAAUUUGGUUACGCCGAGAGAACCCACUUAGGAGAUCACAAAUUUAUUGACGUGUCUCAGAUUUACGAUAAAGUAAACUCGGAUAGUUACAUCAAAAGUAUAAGAAAUAAGAUUCUUGAUAAUUUUACUUCGUCAGAUCCAAAAUACUACGGAGCCGACUAUCAUAUGCCAGAGAAUCACGGGACUGCUAACAUAGUCGUAACGGAUUCAAUGGGAAAUACUGUCGUGUGCACUAGCACAUUAAACACUUAUUUUGGAUGCGGAUUCAUGUCUCCUAGCACUGGUAUAAUUUUUAACAACCAAAUGGAUGAUUUUUCUUCUCCAGAAGUCGUAAACAACUAUGGAAUUCCGUCUUCGCCUUCCAAUUUUAUAGAACCAGGCAAACGACCAAUGUCUUCAAUGUGCCCAACUAUAAUCACCGACAAAAAUGGUGAUUUUGUUCUUGCAAUAGGAGGAGCAGGUGGAUCAAAAAUCACUAUUACUAUUGCCUAUGUCUUAGCCCUUAUACUAUGGUACAAUAUGACAUUGAAAGAAGCUAUAGACAAACCUAGAAUUUACCACCAACUUGUUCCCAUGGAAGUUCAAUAUGAAUACGGAACGACAGAGGACGUCAUUCAAAAACUUAAAGAUAUUGGUCAUUCAAUGGUGAGAUUAAAUAAUGUGGUUUCGGCGGCAACAGCUAUUGGUAAAUCCACUUCAGGAAUGAUCGCAGCUAUGCCAGAUUUCCGACGACCAGGAAAUUCAUGCGGAUAUUAAUGCGAAAAAGUCUUGGUUAAUUAAUUUUUAUACAUAUUUUUUUUUAUUAGUAAUAUUUUUGUAUAUUUUGUAAAUUACUUUGACAUUUUAAAAGCUAUAGAUCAAUAGCUAUUUAUUUUAUCGUCA